AUGCAGACUUCUUCUCUUCCCACACUCGACGAGACAACUCCGCUGAUUAUAAACAACAGCCAGAGUCUGGAAUCAGAUGCUGCCUCGACCGAGUCUGAUUCGAGCGGCGACGAGGCUCCCAAAAAACCAUUGACGUUCGAAAUCAUGUCGAUGCUGUCUGUACUAUUCACCGGUGUCUUGGUUGCCAACGUGGACAUGACCUUCAUGGUCGCCACGUACCCGCAGAUUUCCUCGGAGCUCCACGCAUUUCGAGAUGGUUCUUGGCUGCUUAUAUCCUACAUGCUUGCCAUGUGCGCCUCCCAGCCGCUGUACGGUAAACUGAGUAAUAUCUUCGGCCGCAAAAGGCUUCUGAUCGCCGCAUAUCUGCUCUAUGCCUUGGGAAGCUGCAUUUGUGCUGUUUCGCGCGACAUUCGGCAAAUCAUCGUCGGUCGCGUGAUCGGAGGCGCCGGAGGCGCCGGUCUUGUGUGUCUCGUAUCUAUCAUCAUCACCGACGUCGUGCCGUUAAGGGAAGUGGCAGUCUACCGAAGCUACGUCAACGUUGUCCAAACAAUCGGACGGAGCCUAGGUGCCCCCGUGGGCGGCCUUGUCGUCGAGAAGCUGGGAUGGCGAGUUGCUUUUGCAUGCAUCGGCUCGUUUACCGCCGCCGGCGCCUUACUCGUGGCAUGGAGGCUGAAACUCGGGGGUAAUGGUAGUUCCAAGAGAGACCAGGAGAGAGUACACGAGUCGAGCUGGGAACUGCUGAAGAUGGUCGACUUUCUGGGCUCCAUCUUCCUGUCUCUCUCCAUUGUGGCACUCCUCCUCAUUUUCAGCCUCGGGGGAGAAAAGCUCGCUUGGGACGAUCCUCGAAUCUUUGUUCUGGCAGCUGGGACAAUCGCAUUUGGCGGUUUAUUCUAUGCCACGGAGACGUAUUGGGCCGCUGAGCCGAUAUUUCCUCCGUCGCUUCUCACCAGGCGCCCGGUCCUCACAUCCUACAGUCUUCUUGCCCUUCAAAAUGCAGCCCAAGGCGCAGCGAGUCUUUCGAUUCCGUUGUUCUUCCAAGUCUUGCUGUCAGUCGGCCCAUCAGCCGCGGGAAGCUAUCUUUUACCGAGCGUGGUCGGAAAUACCGUCGGCGGACUCAUAACUGGCAUGUACAUCAAACGUUAUGGGCGGUACAAGUUUCCUUUUUUUGUGGCGGGACUUGUGUCUGUCUGUGCAUAUACGAUGAUGUGUCUACGUUGGGGCACAGAGCCUGGCUUCAUGCCAGUCCUCGAGGAUAUGUACAUUAUCGGCGGCGGCCUGGGAACGGGUAUGGUACAUGCAGCAGCGUUCGUGGUGUUGACUGCGGGCCCCCCUGCUACCCCGGUGGAGGAGCAAGGAGAACGCCAUCACGACGAGCAAGUUCAGGAGAACAUAGCGAUCACUGGGUCGGGGAUAUACCUCAGCGGUAACAUUGGCGGAACCAUCGGCUUCAGCCUUUCCAGUGCCACCUUGAGGUGGAUGGUUGAGCACAGUCUGGCCCAACACCUCACGGGCAAAGAACUCGAAUACGUCAGGAAGAAAGCCCUGGAGAGCGUGGGAUGGGUCCAGGGACUUCGGGAUGGAAGCAGGUUGAAGGGGAUUGUUGUUGACGCCUACGUCAGUGGUGCACACGGCACUUUCGUAGUGGCGACUGUGUGUUCCGCGCUGACUAUUGUGGUGAGUCUGUUCAUAAUCGAACACAAGUUGAGAUAG